CACGGCAACGCGGCCAUACUGGCCUCAACCGACCUGGGGUCUGCAUCUGCGGCGCUGCGGCCUCGUGGCUAAAGCGGAGCAUGGACAGUCUCUUCGUGGAGGAAGUGGCGGCCUCCCUGGUCAGGGAGUUCCUCAGCAGGAAGGGCUUAAAGAAGACGUCUGUGACCAUGGACCAGGAACGCCCUCGCUCGGAUCUCAGCAUAAACAGCAGAAACGAUCUCCGAAAGGUUUUGCAUCUUGAAUUUCUCUACAAGGAGAACAAGGCAAAGGAAAACCCUCUAAAAACAAACCUUGAACUCAUUACCAGAUACUUUCUGGAUCACUUUGGGAAUAUUGGUAACAGCGUCACUCAAGAAACACCAAUCCCUGAACUCUCAGUACCAAAGAAAAGUAACAAAUUACCAUUGAGAAGCUCAGAGACCACUCUGGUAAACAUAUACCACCUCGCAGAUGAAGAUGAGAGUUGGAGAACACCAUUGUCAGAGAUAAGCAAAGCCAGACAUGACAGUCUUGAUGGGGAUGUACUUGGUCAUUUUGUAUCAUCCAAAAGGUCCUCGCACAAAAGUAGGCCCAUAAAGACAGUCCCAGGUGAAAGGCCCCCUGUGGCUUCUGCUUGGGAGAAGAUGGACAAACUUCCAAUGUCAGAGCCUUCCUUGGACACGAAGAGGAUGGGAGAGAAGGUCAGGCCAAAGUCUGGCCUGAUUGUCCGAGGCAUGAUGGCCGGGCCCAUUGCCAGCUCCCCGCAGGAUUCCCUCCGCAGACGCUCGCUGAGGCGGUCCCCAGCCUUGAGCAGCUCUACCCAGCCUCACAAGGAAGGGAGCCCACAAGAGCCUGAGCUCUCUACUCACACCCCCACCUGUCCCACCCCUCUGGAGGGACCAGCUUCCAGCACCGCCUCCACCCCUAGGAGCCCUCGGGGCCCGCUCAGCGAGCUGACCUGGGAAAAGCGGAGAACCUCGCCUGGCAGCCCGCCUCACCUACCAGGCAAAGGGGUGCUCCCCAGGGGGAGUGGCAGGUGGAGAGACCUUUCCGAAGACAGUCCAGCUGUGGACAGUGGCUCGGAGGCCAUCAGAAUCGCCUCGAAGUUCUCCCUGUCCAAUGGGAAUGUCCCGAAGAUGCAGGAGAGGCCAGAGAGAGCGUUACAACGGCAGGAGAGCCAGCCCCCACCCCUCAGGAAAAAUCAGUUGUCAGUGUCCAACAAGGUCGAAGGUGAUCUGGAUGUGCUGCAGCUUGAGGAUGUGGAAGAUGAAUUGGUAAGGGAAGAAAUCAUCCUGUCUCCAGUCUCAUCAGUGCUCAAGCUGCAAGUAGUAUCCAAGCCCAUCGACCUCUCGGUGGCAAAGGACAUAAAGACCAUUCUGUUUGGUUCCAGCUUUUGCUGUUUCAACGAUGAGUGGAAACUUCAGAGUUUUUCCUUUAAUGACUCAGUAUCCUUAAAAUAUGGCAUUGUGCAGAACAAGGGUGGUCCCUGUGGGGUCCUGGCGGCUGUCCAGGGCUGUGUCCUGCAGAAACUCCUGUUUGAAGGAGAUAGCAGCGCUGACUGUGCUCGGCUGCAGCCUUCAAACACUCGCAGGACCCAUUGCCUGGCCCUGGCCAUUGCAGACAUUGUGUGGCGGGCUGGGGGCUGCGAGAGAGCCGUGGUCACACUGGCUUCGGGAACACAGCACUUCAGUCCAACAGGGAAAUACAAAGCAGAUGGAGUCUUAGAAACACUCAUCCUCCACAGUUUGACCUGCUAUGAGGAGCUGGUGACUUUUCUUCAGCAGAGCAUCCAUCAGUUUGAAGCAGGCCCUUACGGAUGUGUCCUGCUCACACUGUCGGCCAUCCUGUCCAGAUCCACAGAGCUUGUUCGCCAGGACUUUGACGUCCCCACCAGCCACCUGAUUGGAGCACACGGAUACUGCACGCAGGAACUUGUCAAUCUGCUCCUGACCGGGAAGGCCGUGUCCAACGUUUUCAACGAUGUGGUGGAGCUGGAUUCUGGGAACGGGAACAUCACACUUCUCAAAGGCAUCUCCACACGCAGCGACAUAGGCUUCCUGUCCCUCUUUGAGCACUACAACGUGUGCCAGGUGGGCUGCUUCCUGAAGACCCCGAGGUUCCCCAUCUGGGUGGUGUGCAGUGAGAGCCACUUCAGCGUCCUCUUCAGCCAGCAGCUCGAGCUGCUGCGAGAUUGGAGGACCGAGCGGCUCUUCGACCUGUACUACUACGAUGGCCUGGCCAACCAGCAGGAGCAAAUCCGGCUGACUAUCGACACCACCCAGACCGUCCCUGAGGACAGAGACAACGGCCUCGUCCCUCCCCUUGAGCUCUGCAUCAGAACCAAGUGGAAGGGGGCAUCAGUGAACUGGAAUGGCUCGGAACCCAUCCUGUGACCCUCUGUGGGGAUGAGCCUCAUGGCUCCAGUGCUCAUUACUAGGGGUGAUGGCAGAGCUCUCAGGCCUCAGGGACAUGUCUGGGCCAGCACCUGAACCAGCACUGUCGCAGAAGCAUCGGAAACCUCCCUGCCUCUUCCGUGAAGGGCCUGCCAGGGAGUGACUCGGGCCCAGUGCGCUGCUGUGUGGCCCCUCCCAGCAGAGCUGUGACUGCCAGGGGAGGCUGGUGGGGCCCCUGCUGCCUUUUCUCUGCAUCCUGCCCUUGCUCUCUGCUGGGCCAUCCCCUCGUCCAGCCUCUGAUGUGGGCAGCUGGGGGGAUCCAGGGCACUCGUUAUUUCUGAGAGUUGGCUUCUAUAAACCAGGAGUCAGAUC